AUGGUCGACACUUCUGCUGCCAUCCGCCGGGGCCACCCUAUCAGCUUCAUCAUCUUCACCUUUAUUGCUUUCAUUGUUGCCGUUAUCGCUUCGACCCUCGUUGCCGACUACAACCAGAACAACAACGCACCAACCAAGGGUAUUGAGAACGCAACCCGCUUCCUUCUCUUUGCCGGCUGGUGGGGUUUCAUUGUCGGCGCUGCCUACACUGGUCUUUUCCUCGCUAGCGUUGGUGGUGUGAUCACCUCGAUUGCCGGUCACGCUAUCUCGCUCGGCCUUACCUGGAUCUUCUGGCUCGCCGGCGCUGCUGCUCUGACCGACCGCACUGGAGGCGUUACGAACUGCGCUGCCAAGGACUACCCCUUCCCUUACUGCAACUCGACCAAGGCUCUUACCGCUUUCGCUUGGAUUGGCUGGAUCAUCCUUACCUUCAUGUUUGCAAUGGUCAUCUUUGUCGGUGCUGGUGCCUUCCGCGGUGGCCGCUCCGUCAAGGAGUCCCUCGCAUAA